AUGUUACUCCUCUCGCCGCUCUUCUUGGCAGGCGCAUCCGCCUUCCUGGUGGCGGCAUACCUCCUCCGCUGCCUGUUCUCCCCGCUUGCAAAGGUGCCUGGACCGAAGAUAACGCUCUUCACGUCGGUUAUUCUCAAAUGGAACGAGUUGAAUGCCAAUAGACGAGGGUACAUUCAUGACCUUCAUGUGCAAUAUGGCCCGGUCGUGCGAAUUGGCCCGAAUGAGGUGUCGUUCUCGUCUCCGGAGGCGGUGAGGGAAAUAUACUGCUCCGGUGGCAGUGGUUACGAUAAAACCGAAUUCUAUGACCUCUUCAAAUUAUACGGAAGAAGGACCAUGUUCACGACUCUGGGGAAAACCGACCACGCUAAACGCAGGAGGAUCCUCGCCGAUCGUUAUGCGAACAGUAACGUCAUGCGCCCGAUAUCGAUGUCGGGUAUCCAAGAACGCGCGAGGUCUUUUGUCCAACUCUGUGAAGAAUCGGUUGGCCGUAGCCUCGAUAUCUUUGUAAACCGGUUGAUCGAGUUCUACAGCCCAACGGCACACAAACUUGUGGCGAAAGUAUUGUACUUUUUCGCCAAACCGCGAGAGACACCGUUGGCAGACGAGUUUGUGCUGAAGGCGAGUAAACAAACUGACCCGGCAAACUUUACGCUGUUGAAGAGAAUGCUAGAAAAGUCUGAGCUCGAUUCUAUGGACAUGGCUGCAGAGUGUCUCGACCACAUGGCUGCGGGAAUUGAUACCACCGGUGACGCCCUAUGCUUCUUGAUGUGGGAGAUAUCCCAGCCCAAGUCGUUUCAUGUCCAGGAGAAGCUCCAGAAGGAACUCCUGGAGAAAGCUGGCGAGCCGCUGGAUAAGCUGCCUUACCUUGAAGCCGUGAUAUGGGAGGGACUACGAUGCUUCCCUGCCAUUCCCAUGUCCCUCCCGAGAUACGUCCCAGCUGGAGGAAGGGUUAUCGACGGAUACAUGUUCCCGGAACACACGAUGGUUAGCGCCCAGGCGUAUUCUAUUCACCGACUUAAUGAGGAUGUGUUUCCCCAGCCCGAAAAGUUCGAUCCGGAGAGAUGGCUCGAUGUCGACGGCGAUGCCGAGCGAAAGAGACUGCAGUUUGCAUUUUCCACUGGAGGAAGAGGUUGCGUCGGGAAGCAGUUGAGUUCGCCUCCGGUCUCGGACCCCGCUUCGCUGAAGUGA